ACGCAUCGAACGGCGGGCCUUUUUUCCGCCGUCGGCAGUGUUGGUAACCCUACGAAACUGCGGGUCGCUAUUUACCUGCAAUAAACAGCAAUCGAGCGUUAUCCUUCAAUCCGGGCGCUCGCGUGUGUUUGUGUGUGUGUGUGCGCGUUAGAGUGAGACCUCCGCGAGACGAAAAGCAAAAGGGCAAGCAGAAGUUUCUUCAGGCCAAGGAGUUUUCAGCACUUGAGAAGUUUUUUGCUCGCGGGGCUCGAAAUCCGAACUAAAGCGUCGAAAAUAAUUAAAGCAAGCGUGGUGCAAGCGGCGAAGGUGACGGAGUGUAAAAAUCAAUCGAAAUCCGGUUAUCUAAAUUUAUCCUUCGGGGGCAUUUAACGUUUAACGAAAACAAAAAAAAAACAGGAUUGAAUUUAGGCAAAUUUUAACCCCUCCGUCCUGCCCCCCAGAUUGCUGCGAUCCGCGCGGCGUAGUGUGAGUGCUGUUUGGAGGGCCUCUAUUUUAAGGCGCCUGGUAGGUAGGCAAUCGAGUGUAUCGAAAGCGGUUGCGCGCGCGUUCACCCCGCUUUUUUCUUCGUUUUCGGUUCGACCAGGCGCGUUUAUCGUUAAUUUGUGAAAAGCGGAUAAAAAACAAAAAGUUGCGUUUGUUAUUUUUUUCGUCUUUUCGUCUCUACUCGACGCUAAAAAAAAACAGGCUAAUCGUGAUCCGUACCGCCGCCGCCGCCGCCGCCGGGAGUGUGCCGUUAUAAAUUUCAUCCAUUUCGAUCGUCACCCUCGUCCCCUUUUUGGGCUUUCCGUCGCGCCCAUCGAUUGUGUAACCGGAACCGCGAGUAGGCGAGUAGUGCUGUUAAUAUUUUGGACUGUCACGGGUAGGAUUACGCCCGAUAAAAAAAGAAGACUCCCUGUGAGUUCGUUGUGAGGUUAGACGUCACGACUGGCGGCAAACGGAUCGAAGCUCGGAUCAGCAGGACGAAGGAGGUGGUCCAGUUGACGGGUUGAUUAAUUAGCCCAGCGACAGCACGCCGCUGAACACUGAAGGAAGGAAGUCUACCCCAACACACCACCACCAACAACAGAGCCAGGAUGCCGCUCAAGAGACGUAACACGAAUCGAAUCUCCUCGAUGCAGAAGAUCGGCAAGGGAGAACCGGUCGACAACGAUGAGUUCGACACGUGGAUGAAGUCGAAGCAGCUGCUCAAGCCGGACGAUCAGCUCGACCUGACCGAGGCGGAGCUGGGCGAGGAGAUCCCGAAGCUGCUGUCGACCGAGAACCGCCACCUGCCGCGCAACCUGGUCGUGUACGACUUCCGGGAGGGUGCGUUCCUGCCGGUGCCACCGCCCGAGAACACGAUCACGCUGCUCGAGUUCGAGGGCACCUCCAUCCACAAGGACACGGACGAGGCGAAGGAGCAGAUCUCGCGCAAGGGCACCGACGAGUUGAAUGUCACGCUGGACAAACCGAAGGAAACUCUCGCCGAAGACCAGGAGGACACGAAAAAGCCCGACACACCGGAAACUGGUGACGGCGAAGAGGGUGAACGGGAUGAAGAUGAAGCGGAAGGUGAAGGCGAAGGUCAAGAGCAGGAGGAAGAAGUACAGCCUCCGCCGGAAGAGGAAGCUCCAAAGAAAAAGCUCACGAAUCAGUUCAACUUUUGUGAACGUGCCGCCUUGACGAUAGCGAACCCGUCACGGUCCGUCGACACUCAAACGAUACCACCGCCAAGAUCAUCGUACGGUGCCAGCGUGCUCCAGUGGGUGAUCUACGAUUCGUACAUCGAGGAUUACGCGCAGCAGCAGCGCGAGAAGGAACGCGAGAAGGAGAAAAAGCCCGGCCUGCAGCGGCGCGACGAGAAGAGCCGCAAGGACGAGAAGGCCAAACAGGCGGAAGAGUUUAACAAGCGCUACCUGCAGGCGUGCCAGAUCAUCGAGCGGAUGGUGAACCAGAACAUUUACGACGAGAUCGCCCAGGACUAUCGCUACUGGGAGGAUCCGUCCGACGAGUUCCGCGAGGAGGAGGGCACACUGCUGCCGCUGUGGAAGUUUUCCUACGAGCGGACGAAGAAGAUGUGCGUUACCGAUCUUUGCUUCAACACGCUGUACUACGAUCUGUUUGCCGUCUGCUUUGGGACACUGGACUUUAUGAAACAGAACGCUGAAGGUGCCGUUUGCUUGUUUACCAUAAAAAAUCCCUCCUUCCCGGACUACAGAAUUGCCACCGAAAGUGGUGCCAUGUGCUGCGACAUUCACCCCAAGUACCCGUACCUGAUUGCGAUCGGCCUGUACGAUGGGAACGUGAUCGUGUACAACCUGCAGGUCGGUACGAAGGAGGGCCCGGUCUACAUCUCGCACGGCGUCAACGGCAAACACGCGGAGUGCGUGUGGGAGAUCAAGUGGGGCCCGGACAUGCAGGAUGGCGAAAUCAACUUUUUCUCCGUGUCGGCCGACGGGAAGGUGUUCAACUGGGUGCUGAUGCAGAACAAGCUGGCCAUUACCACGAUCAUUACGCUGUUUCUCGAGCUGGAUCAGGUCAGCGGUCCCGAUGGCAGUACGCUGCGGUUGAAGGGUAGCGGCACUUGCAUGGUGUUCCAUCCUCACAAUCAAGAAAUUUUCCUCGUCGGUACGGAGGAAGGAUACAUCUUUAAGUGCAGCACAGCGUACAGCUCAAAAUAUCUAAUGACGUAUCAUGCACACUAUCUGCCGGUGCAUCGGAUGGAUUACAACAAGUUCAAUUCGAACAUUUUCGCCUCCUGCAGUGGCGAUUGGCGGGUGAAGAUAUGGGAAGAUAUGCGCCCUGAACCACUUUUCAUCUUCGAUCUGGGCUCCUCGGUGGGCGACGUGAAGUGGGCACCGUACUCGAGCACCGUUUUCGCGGCCGUCACGACCGAGGGCAAGGUGUUUGUGUUCGAUCUGAACGUGAACAAGUACAAAGCCAUCUGUACCCAGGCGAUCGUUUCGAAGCGCAAGAACAAGCUUACCCGGCUGGCGUUCAACCAGAAGCUGCCGUUUAUCAUCGUCGGGGACGAUAAAGGCACAACGAUUACGCUGAAGCUUUCACCUAACCUACGCAUCAAAACCAAGAUGGGCAAGAAGGCGGGCGUCGUAGAUCCGCAGCUGCUCGAAAGCCAGAAGCUAGACCGGUUGCUGUCGCUCGUUCGUGAGCUACCGGAAGGGGAAACGGUCAAGGAAACCGUGUCGACCGUCGCAUCGAACUAAGAACGAGCAAGAAAUUGAGAGAUUGCGAGGAAGAGCGACCUGUUUUUGUGUACGCUAUCGAACCCACCUUUGGCAAACGUACGUUUAUUGAGAGCAAAAUUCGCAGCACGGCAGACAAAGAAGACACCCAACAGAGGGUCGGUGUAGUGGACCGGUUCGGUUUUUAUUGUUAUUUUUCGGAUCCCGCUCACGGAGUUUGAAAUAAACGAGUCGUCGAAAGUCAAA